AUGAUUUUGAUUAAAGAUAAAUUAUUUGAAAUUUUAUCGUUCCUUGGCUCAAGUGAAAACUUGGAGCUUGCAACUAAUUUUGUUUUCACCGUAAAAACAACUUUGACAUGUACCAUGUUAAAGUUCUGGAAAAGAUCGGAAAAAAACGGUCAUGAAAAAGCUCUCACAAGUUCAUCUUCUCUUCAUGCACAAAUAGUUGAGGAUGGUAAUCAUCAAGAAAAAAUAAACAAACCUGUUCCUGAAAACAAGUUACCACUAUUGUCUUUUGAUGAUGAGGGUCUUUCUGAUAUUGGAGAAUUUGAAUCCUCCAAAGAAAAUUCAAGGCUAUCAAAAACAUUACAAGACAUUGUUUGUGAUAAAGGUGCCCUAGGAUAUUUUAUACAAUACAUGGAAUCCAGAGAUGCUUCAUCUUACAUUCUCUGUUGGCUGGAUAUAGACACUUUCAAAUUAGAACUCCAUAACUACUCCCAAGUUGUCAAGAAACACAUGGCUUUGUCAGUGUCACAUAGUCAAAUUGACCAUGAUAGUUUAUCAGUUAGUACAGACUGUGACUCAUUCACAGCAGAUUCAAAUAGCCUUUGUGAUUAUUCAACUAGUACCUUGUCUGAGGUAAAAUCUCCUCAUGAUGGCAUUUGUGAUAGAGACCUUAGUGAUACUAGUGUUAAGUUGAAAAGUUUAGGUGAGGAUAUAAGUGUAAAUGAUAAAAAAAUUGUACAAAAUGUAGUAGAUAAUGCUCUGGAAAUCUUCAAGAAAUACAUUGCACAAGAAGCCAAGUUGAAUAUAAAGUGUUCAGAAGAUUUGAGGAAACAGAUCAUGGAAAAUAUUUGUAUUACUGAAAAGGUUAUGUCUGGAAACUGUUUUGAUUCUGUUCAAACAUAUGUUUAUAAUGUGAUGGACACUGAGUAUUUCUCAGCUUUUUUGGAAACAGAUUUAUUUUGUAGACAUCAGAUUGAUGUACUAACUAGUGGAGGUGUCAUACUUGAUGAUAUUCUAUACAACGAAACAGCACUAUUUUAUUUCAUGGAAUAUCUUGAACAAGAAAAUCAGAGAGGAUUGCUGGAAUUUUGGAUAGCUGCUUCCAAUUUUCAACAACAACUGCAUGAUCAAAAAGAAUUUUUUGACCCUAUUGAAGCACAAAAUGAUGCAGUAGUACUAUAUGAUAAAUAUUUUUCCUUACAAGCACUCUCACCUCUAGGAUUCAGUGACAAAAUCAGAUUUGCAGUUGAACAAAACAUUUGUGGUGAAAGGGGGCUGAUGGUGGAUUGUUUUCAUCUCCCCUUGAAAAUUGUGGAAAAAGCUCUAGAAAAAAAUCAUUUGAAACCAUUUUUGGCAUCCCAACUUUACUACAAGUAUCUCUCAGAUCUGAUAAAUGCUGUCCAGUCAAAUAGCUAUUCAACACAAAUUGAAGGGAAUAAAUAUACUCCUUCUGAUUGCAGUAGUGAAAGAAGCUUCAGUCAAAGUACUUUCUUGGCUUUUGAAGUACCACAAAACAUGAAGAAAUCUGAGAAAGGCUCAGAUAUGAAUAUUGACACAAGAGAAUUGUAUGACCCAGAUUCUCUUUGGAAAAGAAAAAAAUUUCAUAGACUGUCUCUUGGUCGUAUCAGUGAGUUAGGGAAAUAUGAGACAGAUUUUGAACCUGAACCAGACAGAAAAGAAUUCAAACUAAAGAAUGUUCUCAGAAAAGUAGUCAGUUCAGAAGAAGAAAGUAAAAAGAAAGAAGAAAUGGCUUGGCAAGUGGCUGAAAUGAUAGUUAAGGAUAUUACUAAUGUUACUAUCAGUAAUCAUAAAACUUAG